CCUUAAAUUAUUGACGACUUCGAUGCUUCUUGGACGAGUGUUGGCCGCACCUGUCAAGGGCUCCCUCUGGGCUGCUGCAUUUCAUUCUUCUUCCUUCCAGGCUGCUGCAGCACCUGUCUGGACUUCUGACUCUGUUCGUACUGGUGUCAUUGCACGAAAGAAGGGCAUGACUUCCAUGUGGGAUGAAGCUGGAUCCCGCCUGCCUGUCACUGUUCUUCAGCUGGAAGACGUGAUUGUGACCGAUAUUCGCACAAAAGAAAAGCAUGGAUAUUCAGCAUUGCAGAUUGGCUCGACUACAAAAAAGGAGAAGAAUGUAUCCAAGCCCCUCCGCGUACAUUACGAAAAUCUUGGUGUUGGACUGCGCGAAAAGGUUGCUGAAUUCAAAGUAUCAGAGGAUGCUAUUUUGCCUAUUGGUACCGAACUCAGCGCAUCACACUUUGUUACCGGUCAAUAUGUCGAUAUCACAGCACCCUCGAUCGGUAAAGGAUUUGCAGGUGUUAUGAAGAGAUGGAACUUUGCUGGUUUGCCUGCUUCUCACGGUGUGUCACUGACUCAUCGUUCUGGUGGUUCUACUGGUCAGCGCAAGUGGCCUAGUAAAGUUUUCAAAGGAAAGAAGAUGGCUGGUCGUCUUGGUGGCACAAGCGUCACUGUGCAAAGUCUUAAGGUAUUAAAGGUGGAUCCUGAGGAAAACCUUGUUUAUAUCAAAGGAUCCGUUCCUGGAUUUGAUGAUCAGUUUGUCAAGAUCAAAGAUGCUGUCAAGCUGAGAGGAGAGAAACUCUUCCCCAAGGAAUCAAUGCCACCACCGUUCCCUACUGUGAAUAAACAAUAAUCUGAUAGACUCAUGUAAACAAUAAACACUCCCGCUCCUACUACCACUGUC